AGGGUAGAGAAGCCACGCGGAAGUUUCGUUCCGGGGAGUCAAAGCCAAGCCACGCUUCUCUCACACGCACGCACGCACAGCGCAGGCAGCGCUCUUCCUCCCUCCCUCCCUCCCCAUCGGCGCGGCGGGGCUGGCCUUUUCUCUCUCCUCCCUCCCCCUCACACGCUUUGCCUUUGCCCACGAAAAGGACAACCAACCCGGAGCGACGCAGCCAGGCAGGGGUGAAGAGAAGAGAAGAGAGGAGAAGGAGAAAAAAAAAGGCAUAGGCAUCAUUCCAGCAUCGGGUUCUACGGAGGAGGUGCCGGUUUGGACAUCUGAUCCAUUUGGAGGGUAUUGACCGCUUCAGAGCCAGAGCUCCUCUGGCCUGUGGGCGGCUGCUGGAUUGGUCAAUAUAAUACGCUCUCUGGUCUUAGAGAUGAUGCCAUUGUGAGCACAAGAUGGAUUCCGCGAGAAGUUGGUUCCAGAAGUUCCAGCCGCGGGACAAGUCCAAGAGCCCGGCGGUGCCUGCCAGCCAUGGGAAGGAUCCUGGGAAGCCCCCAGUCGACGACGCGCCUUCUAGCGCGACCAAGCAGAAGGUCGCCGCGGCAAAACAGUACAUUGAGAACCACUACAAGACUCAGAUGAAGUCCUUGCAAGAUAGGAAAGAGAGGCGCUGGAUGCUGGAGAGGAAAUUACAGGAUGCUGAAGUUCCUGCAGAAGAGCAGAACAACAUUCUAAAACAUUUGGAGAAAAAGGAGACUGAAUAUAUGCGUUUGCAAAGACACAAGAUGGGGGUUGAAGAUUUUGAACUUUUGACAAUUAUUGGAAGAGGUGCAUUUGGAGAGGUGCGUCUUUGUAGAGAGAAGACCUCUAAAAGUGUAUAUGCAAUGAAAAAGCUUAAGAAAUCUGAAAUGCUUCGUAGGGGCCAGGUGGAACACGUCAAAGCCGAAAGAAACCUUCUUGCAGAAGUCGAUAGUGCGUACAUAGUAAAGCUUUACUAUUCUUUUCAAGAUGAUGAGUUCUUGUAUCUCAUCAUGGAGUACCUUCCUGGUGGUGACAUGAUGACUUUGCUCAUGCGCAAGGACACUCUGACAGAAGAUGAAGCCAAAUUUUACAUCGCUGAAACUGUACUAGCAAUAGAGUCCAUUCACAAGCACAAUUACAUUCACAGGGAUAUCAAGCCAGAUAAUUUAUUGUUAGAUCUCAGUGGUCACUUGAAGCUUUCUGACUUUGGAUUGUGCAAACCUUUGGAUAGCAGUAAUUUUCCAAAUUUGAACGAACCGGACUAUACACCUGGAAAAGGUGCUAAACCUUUACCCGAUAACACCAGUCGAUUAACUAACUCUUCUGCACCGAAGCGUACGCAGCAGGAGCAGCUGUCACAUUGGCAAAAGAACCGUCGGAUGUUGGCGUAUUCUACAGUUGGUACUCCUGAUUACAUUGCUCCAGAGGUUCUAUUGAAGAAAGGAUAUGGAAUGGAGUGUGACUGGUGGUCCCUUGGUGCUAUCAUGUACGAAAUGCUAGUUGGUUAUCCCCCAUUUUAUUCGGAGGAUCCAAUGUCAACCUGCAGAAAGAUUGUGAACUGGAGAAGUCACCUGAAAUUUCCUGAAGAAGCAAAGCUUUCUUCUGAAACUAAGGAUCUCAUUAGCAAACUUCUCUGUAAUGUUGAGCAGAGACUUGGAACAAAAGGAGCCCAUGAAAUAAAAGCACAUACAUGGUUUAGAGGUGUCCAAUGGGAAAAGUUGUAUCAGAUGAAAGCUGCUUUCAUACCAGAAGUUAAUGGCGAGUUGGAUACUCAGAACUUUGAGAAAUUUGAGGAGACUGGAGCACAAGUUCAGAGUUCAUCUAAGGCGGGUCCAUGGAGAAAGAUGCUUCCAUCCAAGGAUGCAAAUUUUGUUGGAUACACCUACAAGAACUUUGAAAUUGUGAAUGACGAUGAAGUUGCCGGGAUUGCCGAGCUGAAGAAAAAGAGUUCCAAAUCAAAACGGCCAACCAUCAAGACAUUGUUUGAGAGCAUGGAUGAAGAUGAACCUGUGCACGGCAGUUUCUUAAAUAUGUUGCCCCAUAAGGAGGGACAACCUUCUUCUCACUCAAGCGCCCCACCAGAACAAUACCAACCUCGACGUAAAUAGGAUAUGGAGGUUUUAAAAAGUAAACCACAGAAAAGUAAAAGAGAGGAAAAAAAAACUGUUGCCUUUUGGUCUUGGUGUUACCCCGUCCAGCUUUUGUAAAUCCUAACCGAUGCUUUCUUUUUAGUGAAUUCGUUAAAACAAAAUCCACCCCCUGUCUCCAAAAUAGUAUGGUGUUUGAUGUUAGCAGUGAUGCCUGUUUGGUUCGCCGUAUGUUGGUUUGACAGUCUCGGCGAUGGGUCCCCGGCUAUUACUGGCUACAGCAUAAGUGUAUACUUGUUACCAGCUCUGACGAGCAUGUGUAUUACAAUUUAAUUCACCUCUGCUUUUCUGAACC